CCAUGUCCCGCUCCAACCGGCAGCGCGAGUACAAGUGCGGCGACCUGGUCUUCGCCAAGAUGAAGGGCUACCCGCACUGGCCCGCCCGGAUUGACGAGAUGCCGGAAUCGGCUGUGAAGUCCACCUCCAACAAAUACCAAGUCUUUUUCUUUGGGACUCACGAGACGGCGUUCUUGGGGCCCAAGGACCUGUUCCCCUAUGAGGAGUGCAAGGUGAAAUUCGGCAAGGCCAACAAGCGGAAGGGCUUCAGCGAAGGCCUUUGGGAAAUCGAGAACAACCCGACGGUCAAGGCCUCAGGCUACCAGCCCACCCCGAAGAAGCGGCCCCCAGAGGAGGCGGAGGAGGCAGGAGGCCGCAGGGAGAAGAAGGGCAGCCUGGCAAGGAGCAGCGAUGAGGAAGAGGAGGAGGGAGCCCUCGUGAUUGACGAGCAGGCCAAGGAGAAGAACAGCGAGAAGGCGGCAGCAGCGGGGGGCCGCAAGAGGAAAGCGGAGGAGGAGGAGGAGGGCUCCUCCUCAAAGCGCACCAAGGAGAUGGUGGAGGACGAGGAUGGAGCGGAGGAGAAGGCAGAAAGCGAAGAUGCCCCGAAAGAGGCAGCGGAGAAGCAGAAGAGCGGCCUCCCUGAAGGGGGGGGGCAGGAUCAGAACAGCGACCCCUCUGGCGUGCCAGGGGCCAAGGAGGAAGGAGAGGGCGAGGAGGAGGAGGAGCUCAGAGAUCACCCGGAGAGCAGCCCGUAGCUGGCCGCCCCACUGCUCUUCUGGCCUGACCUCCACCUCCGCAGGGUUUCCUUGGUGCUAAGAGCCCGCUUGUGUCCCCAUCGGCUUGUCGUCUCUGCAGUGGGGGGAAGGGAGUCGAGAUCCACUUUUGGACAACAAAUAGAUGCCCCCCCCCCCCCAAGCUGACCUGCGUCUCGCCUGGCCGUUUGGCGGGGCCCUUGUGCUUGAGUUAGAAAUUUCUAGGGGGUUGGGAUUGCUGAUUCGCCACUUUGAAAUAAAAGCGACUGAAUGCCUUUUUAGAAAAAC